UACAAUGCUUAAACGUUUAGAUAGAUAAACAAUUCUUAGCCCCUUUUCAUUAUUAUUGUGAUUUCAGAUUUGCCUAAUAUCGCCCCAAUCCACGUUCAGUCAUUUCAGCUACCGACCAUCCGGCUCAUCCCGAGAACGUCCUACCGCAUAGGAUUUCUGUACCGAUUCGAUUUGUUUAGAAUAUUUGCUAUGGAGGAAAGCGAUUCCAAGGGGGCAAGAGAGGGGAGAAAUAGUAAGAUAAGGUUUCCAUGCACUCUACUCCCUGUCACAGCUUAACCUAUCCCUGGUCGUGGCACAUCUUUUAUGUAGUUUUAAGUUCGUGCUUUAAAAAGUUUCCCUCGCAAAUGUAAUUGAAAGUUUAUCACGGCAGACGGAAUUUUGUAAAAAUUGAAAGGAAUAAAAAUUCUGCUCUGAACUUUCUCCUGGUCAAAUAUCUUCGAUUUAUUUUAUUUUUAUAAAUAAGUGAGGAUUUAUUCAUGAUGGACAAAGAAGGACAGGAGACUACUGGCGUCAUCCGGACCCAACAGCAGGGCGUCAGGACUAUCACUACCUCAGGCACGAUAACUACAAGCCCGGAAAAUCAUGAAUCAACUCCCUCCCCAGAACAGCAAUACAUAGAACAGGCCAAGCCUGCAGAUUUCGAACCUUACAAGCUCCAAGAGCUGGCAACGAGGUCGCCCAUGAUCCAGGAGAAGAUCCUCCAGGACCACCAGUACUCUGAGGACAACGGGUUCCAGGUACAGGCCGGGUUCAGCACCCAAAUGCGCUUCUGUCCCGAGAACACGGUCAAAUACGAGAGGGAAGAAAAGGACCAGGAAGGCGACACGUUCGUCACACUCCAGACGGCAUCCAACUAUCCGCAGGAGAGCUACACGUAUCAGAUGCAAGUUUUCAAAGAAGAGACGGAAGAACAGCAGCUCAACCCUGCCAUCAAGCAGCAAGAAUAUUACCAGAACGCGCAGAACUUCGAUUAUCAGACUGCUGCUCCGAUGCACCAACAGCACAUAACGGUGUACAGCGCGGAUUAUCCGUUCCAGAAUAAACAGCAGUUGAUCUACAACAAUUGGAACGGGCAGAACGACUACGUUUUUUCGAGCAACCAGGCUGGAGCGAGCACCAUCGCGCCUCAGCAGAACGAAGUCCACAUGGCGCCGUUCUACGACUCGGCCCAGGCGUGGCCGGUCGAAGAGAACUACGAUCCCUCAAUGAUCCCUGAAAUCAAGGAGUGCGUCAACUGCGCAGCGAGCAAGACGCCACUCUGGAGGCGCGACGUGAGCGGCCACCACCUCUGCAACGCCUGCGGACUUUACAACCGCAUCAACGGAGUCAACCGACCUCCGGUACGCACCCACCACAAGAAAGUAGCCAACAUGGGCAACAGGCGGGCCGGUGUGAGCUGCGCCAAUUGCAACACGUCCUCGACGACCCUCUGGAGGAGGAAUAACACAGGCGAACCAGUCUGCAACGCCUGCGGGCUUUACUACAAGCUUCACGGAGUGAACAGGCCGCUAACGAUGAAGAAGGAAGGGAUCCAGACGAGGAAACGAAAGCCGAAAAACCCCAUGAGCAGCGGGACUACAAGCCCAAAGCACGAGAUGAAGCCCCACGGUGGUAAGGUCGAACGGUAUGAAGGAGAAAAUAUUGAAAGCCACUACAUAACUCCAAACGCGCUUUACCUUCAGCAGACGCCCUUCCUCAAGCAUCAGAACGGUGUCGAGGUUUUGGCGCCCAGUGUGAUAAUACCGCCCACGAACCAGGAACAACACAGAACUGAUUGAUUUAUAAGAAAGAGACGUGCAAUAAUUAUAGAAAUUUUUCCGUUAAACCAAAUUCCAUAUUAUGUAUUUAUGUAAUUAUUAUUAUUAUUGUUUGUAAUUCUAGUCAAUUCAUGCCAACUAUUCCCAGCCAGAAACGUGUCUGUCGAAAGGCAUUCCAAAACAGAUUCUCGGUUGUGGAUUUAUGUUGUUCAAUGAAACAACUUUGUUAUUAAUUAUUAUUUGCUUACUAUUAAUUGACUCCCGGUAUUGUAACAAGUGUCGGGUGCGACAAUGAAAAUCUAAGCCUGUUUUCAUCUAAUAAUUAUUAAAACUUUUAAAAUAA